AUGAUAAUUUAUAAAACUGAUUAUUUUGAAGUAUCACAUAACUCUAUCUAGCCUUAAACAAAACUUUACCAAGAAAAUUAAAGUAUAUAUCACUAAAACUAUGUAAAAUAUGAAAUUAAAAAUGAUUAAAGAAGGUAGAAAGAUUUAGAAUAUUAUUAUAAUAAUGAUGGCCAAAAGAUUUAUGAACCUGAGUACUUUUUAGAAAUUUUUAGUUUAGAUAUAAAACGAGACCACUCGUGUAAUCUUAAUAUUGACUCAUUUGAAAGAAAAAAAGAAAGCUUGACUAAUUAGUAUUAAAAUAAUCAAGAGAUGAUGAGCCAAGUUGACUUGACAGAUCAAUAGUAGUGUUAACCUUAUUUUAAUUUGUAAGAAAUAUAAGGAAAUGCUAUUUAGAAACAACAAUAAACGCAUAAUUUAAAAAGCUAUGAUAAUAAUAAUUACGAGAACUAAUAAUUUAAUCAGAGCUAUAAUAGCAUUUCAAACAAAAAUGAGAUUAUACAAAUUUAAUAAAACACAUUUGAUUAGUAUUUUAAAAGUGAAAAUAAUGAUAUCUCUACUUCUAUUAUAAAUAAUGAUACACAAAGCUAAAAUAAAAAUUUUUCUGAAACUCUAUGCACAGAAAGCAAAAAAUAAAAUACAUAAAACAUUCUUAAGAAUAUAGUAUAAGCAUUCUUGAAGUACUUUAAAUAAAUAAAGGACAAUAAAUUUGCGAAAGAAAAUGAGAGCAUUGCUUGGUUAGAAAGAUCUAAAGUCGUUAACAAGUAAGAGGUCUAAUAAAAGAUUUAAUUCUUACAAAAUUGCAUUAGAGAUCCAAGUGAAUUUGAAGAGUUAACUAUUUACUGA